AGCCACUUCAUUUCCUGAGUCAAGCUAACUUUAGCUAGCUGACAUAUUGUUGCAGAAUUUAUUGGUUUCAAGUUUGUUGUCUUUUCUUCAGGUCAGGUCAUGGAGUUUGCAGAGUUGAUAAAGACACCCAGGGUGGAUGGAGUUGUCCUACAUCGGCCUUUCAUGCCCACUGUGGAGGGGACCCUGUGUUUGACUGGUCAUCACCUGAUUCUCUCCUCCAGACAGGAUAACACAGAGGAACUGUGGCUGCUUCAUUCAAACAUUGACUCAAUAGAGAAAAGAUUUGUGGGAUCUCUGGGAAGCAUCAUAGUCAAAUGCAAAGACCUGAGGGUGAUCCAGCUCGACAUCCCUGGCAUGGAGGAGUGUCUCAACAUUGCCAGCUCUAUUGAGGCUCUGUCCACGCUUGAUUUACUCUCCCUGAUGUACCCUUUCUUUUACCGGCCCAUGUUUGAAGUCAUAGAAGAUGGCUGGAAUUCAUUUCUUCCAGAGGAUGCAUUUAAAGAUUUGGAGUCCAUGACAGAUGAGUGGAGACUGAGUGAAGUCAACAAGGACUUCAGUGUGUGUCCAUCAUACCCCCCUCUAGUGGCAGUGCCCAAAUAUGUUGAUGAUGACACGCUGAGGAAAGCCGCUACUUUCCGUCACGGUGGCCGUUUUCCAGUACUUAGCUACUACCACAAGAAGAAUGGCAUGGUGAUGAUGCGAGCAGGGCAGCCUCUGACAGGCACCAACGGGCGCCGGUGUAAGGAAGACGAGAAGCUGAUCAAUGCCACCCUGCGACCAGGCAAACGUGGCUACAUCAUCGACACACGCACCAUCAAUGUUGCCCAGCAGGCCAAAGCUCGAGGAGGAGGAUUUGAGUCUGAAGCUAACUACCCCCAGUGGAGGAGGAUCCACAAGGCAAUCGAAAGGUCAAACAUCCUCCAGGAGAGCUUGAUAAAGCUGGUAGAGGCGUGUAACGACCAGUCGCACAGUAUGGACCGCUGGUUAAGCAAGCUAGAGGCUUCCAACUGGCAGACUCAUGUCAAAGAGAUCCUCACCACUGCCUGCCUGGCUGCCCAGUGUAUCGACAGGGAGGGAGCGUCGGUGCUUGUUCACGGUACAGAAGGGACAGACUCCACCCUGCAGGUGACCUCGUUGGCUCAGAUCAUCCUUGAUCCGGCCUGCAGGACCAUCAGAGGCUUCCAGGGCCUGGUGGAGCGAGAGUGGCUCCAGGCGGGUCACCCGUUCCAGCAGCGCUGCGCCCAGUCAGCCUACUCCAACAGCAAGCCUCGUCAAGAGGCUCCUUCCUUCCUGCUCUUCUUGGACUGUGUGUGGCAGAUCCUUCGCCAGUUUCCAUGCUCCUUUGAAUUCAGCGAGGGCUUCCUGGUGCUGGUCUUUGAACACGCCUAUGCUUCUCAGUUUGGUACAUUUUUGGGCAACAGUACAGCUGAGAGAACCAAACUAUCUCUACCUGAGAAGACUGUGUCCCUUUGGUCAUGGGUUAAUCGGCCCCAAGAACUGGAACGUCUGACCAACCCGCUCUACGAGGCUAACAGUCUUGUGAUCUGGCCCUCCGUUGCCCCUCAGAGUCUGCUGCUGUGGGAAGGAGUGUUCCUUCGUUGGAACCGCUCCUCCAAGUGUUUGGACGAGGCCUAUGAGGAAAUGGUACAUAUAAUUGCUUACAACAAGGAGCUUCAGAACAAAGUAAACAGCCUGCGCAGGCAGCUGGCCCAGCUGGAAACUGAAGAUCCUCUGCUGCAGACGCCAUAGAGAGAGAGAGAGAUGAGAAAGGAAGCGAGAUGGAAGAAAGAGGUAGAAAAUGUGAAAAAAUACAUAACUAAAUACAAAAACAGAUCAAUGUCAACCCAGUUUUAGGCUUCGGUUAGGUUUAAAUUCCUUUCAGAUGUUUGAGAAUAUAUGAUUCUAACAAUUAUAAUUUGGGAUUUUGUACCUGAUUGAUGAUGACACAUUUUUGAAGAUAAAAAUUGAAAUAGAACGGCCCUAAGCGCAGAACAACUUUAAAAUCAGCCUCUUUUCGAUCUUCCAUUCACGCAGUUGUCUUUCACACAGUUUACAUGACCGAAUGGACUAAACCAGUGAUAGCAAUGCCAUGUUGUGUCAUUGAAACUAAGCAGGAGUGAGUGGGAAAGACAGCUACUUAUUUCUCAGAGUGCUGCUAAAAGCCCAACACUUACUCAACACAACAUCUCCUAGUUCUCCAGUAUAGAUCGUCCAAAAAAAUAAUUGACAGUGAUGUACAUAAUUCAAUUAAUCAAUCAUUUAGGUAAUUUUUCAAGCAAACAUGCCUCUGUCUCUCAUGUGAGAAUUUGCUACUUUUCUUUAUGAUAAAUCACUGUAGAUUUAAUAUCUUUGUGUUUUGGGACUGUUGGCCAGACAAAACGACCAAUUUGAAAAUGUCCUCUUGAGCUGUUGGACAUUAGGAUGGACAUUUUUUCACAAUUCUUUGACAUUUCAUAAACUGAACGAAUAAAAAUAGUCGUUACAUUAAAUGAUCAUUCAAAUAAUUGUUAAUUGCAUCCUUAUUGUAGUAUUAGUGUGCACGUGUGUGCAGAAAGAAAACUGUUCAGUUCCUCAAAUUACACUUUGGCAUUCUUCAACUGAUUUCACAGCUGCGAAGCCUCAUCAAACCCCCACGUCUCACACUCGCUGACUCUCAUUUACAUACGCAGAUAUCUAACCAUGCAGUGAGAGAGUCCAUUUUCAUGUGUUUUCAUAGAUUCCUAUGUAUUUUUGGGCAUUGAUCUUGUUCACUAGGGAAUAUUGGAUGUUCAUUUACUACAGGGUACACGUUUUCACCAAUCAUCCUGCUGAAUGUAUAUAUACCACUGAAGCACUGCAGAGUAACUAUGGCAACAUAUAGGCUACUAUAAGGCAGCAUGUGACUUUGCUGCACGACGAGAUGAUAUAAUAAGCGUAGGUAGGGUCAGCACCUACUGUACUGUACUGUACAAUGAGAGGGGAGGCUUGUCUAAUGGGGAUCUGACCAAAAUAUCUUGUAUGUUUAUUACUUGACAUUCCAGUAAGGAGGUAUUAAGAAAGACUUAUUUAACAAAACUUUACAAAAUGUUAGCUUGCCUCGUUAUGUUUGGUCAGUAUUUCUUUUUCAAACUCACUAUGAAUAAUCAAAUAUGUUUGAGUGUAUGAUGCAGAAAAAAUAAGGUCUUGUUGCUACAGUAAUGUUCGCCAUGUAAUUAUUAGACUUUACAGAGUUGAUGGAGGUUUGAAAAUAGAAUGUUAAUUUAAAGACCAAUAUAUAUUUUGGUUAUUAAACUUGUAUAAUAACUGUUGUUCAAGUACAUUAUGAAACAAAAAGCAUAUCUGCUGUUGUAGUUUAAGAUCCAAAACUAAUGCACUGUGUGAAAGGCAUAUACAAUAUCAGAAACAUAUAAUUAUAAUUCCUAUAAUUAGCUUAAUGUUGUUGUCAGUACUCACCAGCUGUCUUCAUAUUAGACAAUAAAUGUCUUUAUAUUAAAUGUGAAAACAUGCCAAUUUAUCAACAAACGUAAAGCUAUUAGACUUAAUGCUGUGCAGGUGACACAGAUGUUUUUGUCAUGUGGACAUUCACUUUAGUAUCAAUGUCUUGCAUCCAAAGUGAUCAUUUUCUCACCAAUGCAGGACUCAUGUAGUAAGUCCAUUACCAGGAAGGUCACAAAAACCAUUACACACCUGUAAUUUCACUUCAUGUCGUUAAGGAAGCAGCUAAAUGUGUUUAAUACAACAUGACCUAAAUUCAGUUGGCAUAGUGACAUUGAAGCUCAUCUUUCAAUCCUAUUCAUGGGCAAAGGUAGCUCCCAUUAUCAUAAUAUUGUAAAGAAAGCUUAAUGCUGCACUUUAAAUACAAAAAGAAAUGGUAGUUGUGGGGUUAAAUUAAAUCCGUUGUGGUCAUCCAUAGCCAGUUUUGUUUGUUUUGCCAGUAGGAAAUAUCAUUUUCUCUGCUUGUGUCCAUGUCGUCUUCAUACAUUGAAUCUAUUUUACUUCAAGAAUGAUGUAAUAAUCACACUAAACUCAACUGAUUCCAGCCACUACAUUAAACUGCUUUAUAAAGGGAAAGUUGUUUAUAGCUGCACUAUAUACACGUUUUCCUUUGCAAGAAAUAGAGACACCUUACCAAGCGUUGCUUUGUGUGUGCAUGAAUGGAACAAUCCAUUCAAUCAAGGUAAUGGCGUGAUUUACAAUUGUGCAAAUGUCCUAUACUUGCAUUAUGAAUAAUGUUAUCCUUAAAAUGACCGUUGCUUUGUCAAAGUCAACAAAACUCUACUGUGUUGUGCAAUGCCUUGCUGCAAAAUCUGAAUUCAAAAUAAUCAUUGUACUUUUAUCCCUGCUGAUCAGAUGUUUGUAAAAUUAUUAUUAUUGUUCAUAAUAUGAAAUGUUUUUUUUAAGUUUUCAAGCCAUUAAAAUGUAUAGCACAGAA